AUGUUGACUACCGAUCAUCCAGAGGGUUCCAAGCCCAGCGCUGCGCAAAGGAAAGCAAAGAGCCAGCGUAGAAAACGAACAGCCGCUCUAGCGAAGCAGCAAAAGGAUGAACACCUGAAAAGGCUAUCUCAACUGGAGCUCCAUCAGGCUCUCGCCGACGAGAGGACCGAGCAUGAUGCUACAAAGGCCAACGACAGCAGAUUGAGGCUGGAACACAACGACCUGGUCACACGCCUAGACGACGCCGAGACCGCCGUCGCCAAUGCAGAGUCUCGUGCCUGGCAAAGCGAAAGGGAAAUAAUCAAGCUACAAGAGGCCCUUUCUGUGUCAAGAAUGGGGGCACAAAAUAAUGAAACCUGGAUAGAGCUUAUUGCGGAGCAAAAUCAGCAACUGGAGGCAGCCAAUGCGAGAUUGGCUGCCAGGAGCGCCAUACGGGAGGGUGAGCUCCAUGGUGAAAUUGAACAGAUGGAGAUGCGAGCACGGCGACUGGAACAGUCACUCAGUAUAGCCUACAAGGAUGUGGAGGAGUGUGGGGUUCUGUUUCAGAAAAACACUGAAGACUGGGCAGAACUGGUAAGUUUCUUGGAGAAGCACAAGUCUCAGGAUGGCGAGCGGAUUCAGAAGCUUCGGGGUCUAGUCAUGGAGUACUCCAGCGCCGUGGAGUACUUUGAAGACGAGGUCAACAAGCUCAUUCAAGCCGCAGAAGUGAGAAUCGCCCGGAACAGGCUUCGCCGAGACAAACAGGCAGGGAGAGACGGUGUUCAAUGGGACAGCCAGGUCUGGCGACGUGAUUUUAAUUCGUCGUCCGAGGAAAACCUCCAUCGGUCUUUAACCGAUGGUCGCUCGUCGCCUGAUGCUGAUUACGAGAGGUUUCCGGGCAGCAGCUGGUCAGUUCCAGGCUCCUCUUCGGAAUCAACAGGCGUGUCAGGUUCACGCAUAUCAAAUUUGAGCUCUGAGUCGAGGAGUUAUGUUCAAGGCCAGCAAAGCCCUACUGGGUUGGACAGACCAAGACAUACGCCGUCGCCUGCAUACUUUGAACAUUUCUCUGGGUAUACACCGACCUUGAAUACAUCUAGGAAGCGCAUUCGAAUUGCUCCACCGAUGGCUGACCCUAAGCAAGGCCCGGUGUCCAGCAAUGACACGACAGAUUAUGAAGUUCCCCAGAGCAAUUCAAUCAUCAGGGAAUCCGAAUCAAAGGGCAUUCAGACUGACAAUGCUCCGCUGCUGGCGCGUCAAGAUAAUCUGGCUGCCUCGCUGCGGGGGUUAGUGACGGCGCCAAAGGGGCCGCUUAGUCCUGGAGGGAAGCCACGGUCCCUGUCCGUCGGUGAUCUGCCAUGGAUACCAGCAACAAAGGCAGCGUCGGCCUUUGAGCGCAUGCCGGGAUCGUGGCCACACGAAGCCAUUCCCAAUGCAGAGGUUAAUCCCGAGAUUGCAUCGGAGAUAGCCCAUGGAGCGUUGCGAUUGUUUAGGGCCUCGAUAGAGAAUGCUGUCCCGAUCGGGUUCAAGUUAUUGAACUUGCUAACCCCCUCGCAUCCUCAGUGCAUAGUUUAUCCGGGCUUGAUGGCGCUGUGGAUGUGGCAGACCUAUGAACAACACGUCGAGUGGAAGCGGUGGGAGAGGGCCAACGAGCGACACAUGGUGCAGCAGUUGCGCGACCAGUACGCGUCGCAGGCAGGCUGGGUGGACUCGGUGGGAUUCGGCUUGUCCCAGUGGCUAGCGUUCGACCGGUCAUCCUUCGGGUAA